AUGCCUUUUAAGCCGUUUUUCCCGUUCAAUCAGGACCAUCCAACCUUUCCUGCCGAAUUUCGCUCCCAGCAGAAAGAUUUCUCUUCAAGGGACGCAGCGAGAGGGGCUAAUCCUAUUCUACAAGAUGAUCGAAUGAACCACAGCUUUAUCUUCGAAAAAGGAUGCCGCAUAGCAUUUUCUGGAUUUUUCCGUCAUGGAUCAAAAGACUUUUGUCUUGUCGAAAACAUGAAUCCUGACCUCCUCACGGAGAUCUUUUUCGAGAUCAAACAUAGUUCCAAUCCUUCGGAACAUGCAGAUAUCACAGCUGCAGUAUGUGGUAUCCGCGAUUCGACUAAGUUCUUCUUCGUCAGCUGCAACUAUCAUGACCCAGAGCAUAUUACUAUUCGCACAUAUGCCAAAUUUAGGAACUUUGAUUGGAAUGACCAGUCGCAGAUUGAUGAUCUCAAUCUCUUUCGGAUGGCAGCUAUUGCAGAGGGUUGUGGCAUCAUUGCUUUUGCUGAAGACGGUCAAAUACUCCCUCCAUCUGAGAUGAGAUCGACGAUUGAAGUAACACCUGAAGAGCAAAGCUCGAAGGAGCAGAGGGCUUCCACAAUCGCAGAGUCUUCAUUUGAUGACAUGCAAAAUGAUACACGCGUCUCAAACAGCUCUGAUGCAAAAAUUCAUGUUACAGCUUCCACACCCGUGCUUUCAGGAGCGCAAAAUUUGCAAGCACACCCGUCGGCACCAAAGUUCCAGUUUCGACCAACUGCACCGCAAUUCCAACCAGUUACGACCAAAUUUCAGGUCAAUAGCAGGCAGCCCCAUUUCAAUGCCGGACCACUUGAAAGUGACCGAGUUCGGGGAGCGCCGGGCGUUGGGCAAGGGCUACAGAGUCUUAUACGGCCCGGAGGACAUGUGCAACAACCACCCGCUCAACAUGAUCGCAGCAAUGAAACAUUACACCAGUUCAACCAACGACAGGUCGACAACCAAGGCCAAAAUCCAGGAUCCGGAAUGCAGCAACGACGUGAAAAAGUUGCGUCUCCUCACUAUUCUCAGCAGAUUGUGACCCAAUUUCAAGGACAGGAAUUUGGGAUGCGAAAAUUGCCUAUCCAUCACGGGAGUGAUACUUUCCAUGCUCAAGAGUAUGGAACGCUACCACAACAGACACAACAAAUUUACGGACAUAUGCCCCAAUAUACAACAUUACAAAACUACACUCCACCACAGGACCAAAGAUACAAUUUUCAGCAGCAGCAUCAUCGACAGAGCUUUAAGCAAUUUCAAGCCCAAGGUGACGUGAUGGAUCAGUGGUAUAACCAGAAAACCCCAUUACAAUUCCAAAAUCAAGUCUGUGGAAUGUAUCAACAAUAUGACCAGGGCCAGCAGAAGCUUGAACAGCCUCAACUUCAUGGUCCCCACGCACCUCGUCAAUAUGUCCAACAAGAUCAAAAUGACUUCCAGAAUCUUGUGGCCUCUCAACAAAUUGCCCAGCGAAAUCCUGUCCAAAUCCAAAUCGAAAGACACGGGGGAGCCCAGCAGUCACGGCAAGGUUAUUAUCACUUUGAAAACCUGACCACUGCGGAAUUUCAACAGUAUGAAAAGAACAGGAAUAAUAGCCAAGAUUCGAACCCUCAGAAAGUACAAUCUGCGCCCGAACAAAAUAAUCUGGACCCUCCCGAGUUCAAACAUCCGAGUCCAGAUACUGGUGCAGGUGCAGGCGCAGGCGCAGAGGUGGGUUAUCAAAGUGCUUUAAGUUCCAUUUUUAAAUGGGGUUUGUCGAAUGACUUCGUCGGUACUCGUAUGAGUGUCGAAAAGUAUUAG